AUGAAGGUUUAUUUCAUUUACUGAUCAAUGAUUUCUUUUUGUCCAGUAUUAUCAGCAAGCAGUGACAACAGGCUUGUAAUGAAUAGAGUAAUCAUGGUGCUUGUGACUACUUGGUGACCUAUCUGGCUUGAGGAGCUGAAAAUAUAUUGAAACUUCUAAUAAGAAGAAACAAAAUGGACUCUGAGAACUAGAACACGUAAAAUGAUCAAGACAAGACUCAUCAAAGAGGCGCAGAAUCAGAAACCACCACAAUCUUCAGGGACAUCAUACAAUAGAGAAGAAUAUCAACUCAAAAGUUUCCAUCAUUUCAUGACAAGGUAAUUUUAUUUGUUGAAUACAAAAUUACAAGAUGUUUCAAAUAUCUUAGAACUAAGUCGUUUAUAGGUCUCCUAAUCUUUUUUACGUUUAAAGUGAAGAUACCAACUGCUCUUUAACAAGCGAUUGAAUCCAAAAGAUUUUUUGUAGACUUUCUUUUUUCCAUCUGAAGCCAUUGAAAAUCAGUUUGUUAGAAGAAGAUGUGGUCAACGUUGCUGUAAUUGUUUGACGUUACUGUGAAAUUAACAGUGCAAUUAAAGGCUGAAAUUUGCAAAUAACAAGCAGGCGUUAUCAGGCGAUAGGGUUGAUUUCAUAUUUCUCCAACUUCCAAGCACUUCAGGUAUCGGGAGAUCAUUAUAGAUCCCAGUUAUGCGGGCCAGUUUGUCUUGAUGACUAACCCUCAUAUUGGGAACAAUGGGGUCAAUUUUGACGAUCAAGAAUCGAUGCAGUCCUUUCUUGCAGGAUUAGUCAUUAGAAGUUUAAGUAUCAGCACCUCAAAUUGGAUGACAGAGACACUUGGUGACUAUUUGGCUGAAAGGAACAUCAUGGGUAUAUAUGAUGUCGACACUCGAGCAAUUACACGGAGAUUGGGAGAAGACGGAAGCCUCAUUGGAGUCUUGAGCACAGAAAAUUCAAAAAGCGACGAAGAACUUCUCGAAAUGUCCCGUACAUGGGACAUUGUGGGUGUGGAUCUAAUCAGUGGUUUUUCAUGCAAAUCUCCUUACGAAUGGGUUGAUAGAACAGGUUCAGAUUGGGAGUUCAAUGAUAAUGGAAGAAUUAAAGAAACUUUUAAUGUCGUUGCAUAUGAUUUUGGAAUCAAGCAUAACAUACUUCGGCGCUUAGCAUCCUAUGGCUGUAAAAUCACUGUCAUUCCUUCAACAUGGCCAGCGCGCGAAACUCUAAAGUUGAAACCUGAUGGGGUUCCUUUCAGCAAUGGGCCAGGAGAUCCAUCUGCAGUUCCCUAUGCAGUUGAAGCAGUAAAAGAACUUGUUGGAAAAAUUCCUGUUUUUGGUAUAUGUAUGGGUCAGCAGUUGCCUGGUCAAGCAUUGGGAGGUAAGACAUUCAAAAUGAAAUUUGGUCACCAUGGAGGAAACCAUCCAGUUCGAAACCUUCGAAAUGGCUGUGUUGAGAUCAGUGCCCAGAAUCACAACUAUGCUGUUGACCCUGAGUCUCUUCCAGAGGGUGUAAAGGUGACUCAUGUAAAUUUAAAUGAUGGAAGUUGUGCUGGUCUUGCCUCCUCGAAAAUGAAGCUGAUGUCACUUCGAUACCAUCCCGAAGCAUCUCCAGGGCCUCAUGAUUCAAAUCCUGCAUUUGGAGAAUUUAUACAACUCAUGAAGCAAGAAAAAGUGAAGGCAUAAGUCAAUAUAUGUUGCUCAGACUCUUCAAAAUUGUCUAUGGGUGCAUGUUGGAUCCUCCAAAAUUAGUCAUUUUUAGAGGAUCCGGCAUGGGUGCGGAAACAUUUUUGGAGAGUUUGAGAAACAUAAAAGUCAAUCACCUAGAAGCUGAAGCAGUAGUUGGUAAGAUAUGUUUGAAGGAACCACAUUCCGAAAAGGAGAAAUUUCAUGAGAUUUGCCAUCAAGAAGUCAAAGCAAUCUGUCGUGUUGCACCGCUUCUCGCCAUAAAUCAAGUCAGAGCAAUCCGUCUUGCUGCACCUUUUUGCGAUAUAUAUGUAUGGUUCUAAGUUUUGUUCAAGUAUAGGCUGUGACUU